ACACGCCUGUCUCCACGAUCCCGACAGGCCCAGCGGCUAGGAGAGUCACGUGAGAGUGGGCGGAGGGGGUGGAGGUUUGUCUCCGCUGUUUCAUCUCUAUGGCUGUCAGAGGUGGGCGGCUUUGACCGAGAAGCUGCUGGAGCUCGUGUUUGGACGCGAUGUUUCGUCUGAACUCACUUUCUGCUUUGGCAGAACUGGCUGUGGGUUCUCGAUGGUACCAUGGAGGAUCACAGCCCAUCCAGAUCCGGCGAAGACUAAUGAUGGUGGCUUUCCUGGGAGCAUCUGCAGUAACUGCAAGUACUGGUCUUUUGUGGAAGAGGGCCCAUGCAGAAUCUCCACCAUGUGUAGACAACCUAAAAAGUGACAUCGGUGAUAAAGGGAAGAAUAAAGAUGAAGGGGAUGUUUGUAACCAUGAGAAAAAGACUGCAGAUCUUGCGCCUCACCCAGAAGAGAAAAAGAAGAAGCGUUCUGGAUUCAGAGACAGAAAAGUGAUGGAAUAUGAGAAUAGGAUUCGAGCCUACUCCACGCCAGACAAAAUCUUCCGAUAUUUUGCCACCUUGAAAGUCAUCAGUGAGCCUGGUGAAGCAGAAGUGUUUAUGACGCCAGAAGAUUUUGUGCGAUCCAUAACACCCAAUGAAAAACAACCAGAACACUUGGGUCUGGAUCAAUAUAUAAUAAAACGCUUUGAUGGAAAGGCCAGAUUCUCCAAAAAGAAAAUAUUACACAGGGUCAGAAAGAAAAGUAAAGGGUCAAUUUUACAGAGGAGGAAGAAAGCACUUCAGAAAGAAGAAAGAGCCAGGCAUGGUUCUACAAAGCACAAUGAACAGGAAGUCAGAAGGAAAAUCAUGGAGUGGCUGGAAAAGAAAAUUUCCCAGGAACGAGAAAAAUUUGCUGAUGAAGGCAGUAUAUUUUACACCCUUGGAGAAUGUGGGCUCAUAUCCUUUUCAGACUACAUUUUCCUCACAACUGUUCUUUCCACUCCUCAGAGAAAUUUUGAAAUUGCCUUCAAGAUGUUUGAUUUGAAUGGAGAUGGAGAAGUAGAUAUGGAAGAAUUUGAACAGGUUCAGAGCAUCAUUCGCUCCCAAACCAGUAUGGGUAUGCGCCACAGAGAUCGUCCAACUACUGGCAACACCCUCAAGUCUGGCUUGUGUUCAGCCCUCACAACCUACUUUUUUGGAGCUGAUCUGAAGGGAAAGCUGACAAUCAAAAACUUCCUCGAAUUUCAGCGUAAACUGCAGCAUGAUGUUCUGAAGCUUGAGUUUGAACGCCAUGACCCUGUGGAUGGGAGAAUUACUGAGAGGCAGUUUGGUGGCAUGCUACUUGCCUACAGUGGGGUGCAGUCCAAGAAGCUGACCGCCAUGCAGAGGCAGCUCAAGAAGCACUUCAAAGAAGGAAAGGGUCUGACAUUUCAGGAGGUGGAGAACUUCUUUACUUUCCUAAAGAACAUUAAUGAUGUGGACACUGCAUUGAGUUUUUACCAUAUGGCUGGAGCAUCUCUUGAUAAAGUGACCAUGCAGCAGGUGGCCAGGACAGUGGCUAAAGUGGAGCUCUCAGACCACGUGUGUGAUGUGGUGUUUGCACUCUUUGACUGUGAUGGCAAUGGCGAACUGAGCAAUAAGGAAUUUGUUUCCAUCAUGAAGCAACGGCUGAUGAGAGGCCUGGAAAAGCCCAAAGACAUGGGUUUCACUCGCCUCAUGCAGGCCAUGUGGAAAUGUGCACAGGAAACUGCCUGGGACUUCACUUUACCCAAACAGUAACCCCACACUGCAAGAGGGGACCCCUCCACCCCCAGUACCCUGGACCCCCUCCGCAGAGUCUCGGCAGAGCCCUUUGUGCUGCUGCUUCUGGAAGUAGUCUCCCUUCCUCCCGGGAUGACCUCAGGACUCUGUGGGUUUCCCCUCUUUACCCUUCCCCGUCCCCGUGUUCUGCUGGGCUCUGAUUCUGCCCAAUGAGUAUCCCCAUAGGUUCUCAAAAACAUGAACAAGUCUGUAAAGCUCAGACAUUUGUCAGCCUCAACAGCACCACCCAUUCAAGCAUCCUGUGGAUAAAGAAUUCAGGGAACCAUCCACACACCUGCCAACCCUGGGAAGCAUCCAGUUCUCAAAUCGUUUUUGCUAUGGAUUUAUACUAACAAGAACAUUCCUUGACUUCCCUCCUGCUGGUGUUUUAAAGCCACAAGUAGGGAAGAUAUCUGGCAGGCAGAAAGAAGUCUGUGAUGAUAAACAAUGAUGAGGAUGACCUAGGCACCCUACGCUAGUGUGAGAAGCCUGCGCCCCAGGAAGGAUCUGUGUUAGUCCCUGGGAUGGCUCCAAGGCCUGCUCUAGGAAGGCAGCAUGCUCAGUGGGAACACAGCAAGAUUCAGAAUUUAAAGUAGUUGCUUCAUGGCUCUGUGCACUCCCUUUUCUUCCUCGCAGCCUCCCUAAGAUGACUCCAGUGUGACCCUGUGCUUAGUGAGCAAUAGUGAUUGAGCUCAUGUUCCCUGUAAGUGCCAUUUCCUCUCCAGGAUGGGCCUCUAAAGCUGAGGCCUGGCUCAGAGCCUGUUUGCCCUCUGUCUUAAACAAUUGUAAAAUAUCACUUAAAUUAUAACCAUUUGCAAUAAACAUCCCCAAAGUU